AACAUGUUGCCUUCACAAGAAGCCGCCAAGAUUUACCAUGAUAAUUACAUGCGGAACUCCCGCGCCAUCGGGGUACUCUGGGCGAUAUUCACCAUAUGCUUUGCCAUCAUCAACGUGGUGGUCUUCAUUCAGCCCUACUGGAUCGGGGACAGUGUGAGCACGCCGCAGGUGGGUUACUUCGGCUUGUUUCACCAGUGCGUUGGAAGAGGACCGCCCAACCGAGAGCUCACCUGCACCGGAAGCUUCGCCGAGUUCAGCUCCAUCCCCUCCGGCGCCUUCAAAUCGGCGUCGGUCUUCGUGUUUCUGUCCAUGGUGCUGAUUCUGGGCUGCAUCGCCUGCAUGGCGCUCUUCUUCUUCUGCAACACCGCUACCGUCUACAAGACUUGUGCCUGGAUGCAGCUCCUAUGUGCUGUAUGCCUGGUGUUGGGCUGUGUAAUCUUUCCAGAUGGCUGGGAUGCAGAGGUGGUGCGGGACCUGUGUGGGGAAGAGACGGGGAAGUAUACCCUGGGUAACUGCUCUGUCCGCUGGUCUUACAUCCUUGCUAUUAUCGGCAUCCUGGACGCCCUGAUCCUCUCCUUCCUGGCCUUCGUCCUGGGAAACAGACAGAACAACAUGUUCCUGGAGGAACGCAAGGCUGACAACAAUAAAGGUGAGGGAUGGAUUAGACCAAGACAAGACUGCGUCUGA